UGGCAGUUCCGUCUGAAAUAGGGAAGAGGUCAGGCGACGGUUGCGAGCGAGCGUUCAGUAUGGCUCCGGAUUAAAAACUUAAACCCAACGGAAAAAGUACGAGGUUCGUCCUUGAGAAUGAAAUGAGGCCGCCGGCCUUGCUCCUGCUGUUCCUCCUCUUGGGGGACUGCGAGGGCUCCUCCUCACACUCCCUGCAGUAUUUCUACACUGCUGUGUCUGAACCCAACCAGGGGCUGCCCCAGUUCAUCACAGUGGGGUACGUGGAUGACCAGCUCUUCAUCCAGUAUGACAGCGUCGCAAGAAGGACACAGCCUCGGACGCCCUGGAUCAAGAAGGUGGAGGAAUUUGACCCCCAGUAUUGGGACAAGCAGACCCAGACAUUCCGGAACGCUGAGCAGGCAUUCAGAGACAACCUGGAGAUCCUAUGGCAUUACUACAACCAGAGUGGAGGGUUUCACUCCCUGCAGAGGAUGUACGGCUGUGAGCUGAGGGCGAGCGGGAGCAAAGGAGGACAUUACCAGUUCGCCUACGAUGGGAGGGACUACCUCGCCCUCGACAAGGAGACCCUCACCUGGACGGCGGCUGAUUCCAAGGCCCAGAUCAGCAAAGAGAAGCAGGAAAAGGAUCCGGCCAUUGCCCCGUAUUGGAAAGGCUACCUGGAGGAGAUUUGCAUCGAGUGGCUGCGUAGAUACCUGGACUAUGGGAAGGAGACGCUACUCAGGAGAGAUCCUCCUGUGGGGAAGGUGACACGAGAGGAGGGCUACGAUGACAGGGAGACCCUCGUCUGCCAGGCUUACGGCUUCUACCCCAAGGAGAUUGACGUCACUUGGAGGAAGGAUGGAGAGGUCCUGCAGGAAGGCACUUUCCACAGGAGCGUGGCCCCCUAUCCAGACGGGACCUACCAUGCCUGGCUCAGCAUCGAGAUCGACCCCAAGGAGAGAGACCAGUACCGGUGCCACGUGGACCAUGCCAGCCUGGGGGAGCCUCUGGUCUUGGCUUGGGAGGCGCCUGUUUCAGCUUCCAACUUGGGCGUCAUUAUUGGGUGCGUCAUUGUGGCUCUCCUGAUCGUGACUUGGGUUGCUGGCGCCUGGUUCUACAUCAAGAAACAUCAAGAAGGCUACAAAGCAGCGUCCAGUGAGUAGAGCUUUCCUCUUUCUGUGUUUAAAUCUCAAGCCUCAGGCUGCCUCUGAAGCUGUUGGA